AUGGAUUUCGCCGCGCUCAUGUCCAAAGAGAUCUCCAAGGCCAAAGGCCCCGCCAGUGGCGCCUCCAAAGCAUCUGCUACAAACAAAGACAAAGAUGUGCCCGCCGAAUCAUCAAAGAAAUAUUUGCGUCGAGGAGAGCUCGAGGCCGCGCGUGUCGCAGCAUACAACGAGGAACAGGAACGAUUACAACGGGAACGCGAAGAGCGGCUGAGCACGAAACGCAAGCUCGAAGAGGAGGAAGCAGAACGAAAGCGUGAGAGAGAGGAGAAGAAACGAAAACUGGCAGAGGAGUCUAAGAAGAGAAAGGAGGAGGAAGACGAUAAAAAGGAACGCGAAAGGCGACGGAGGCUUGGCCUGCCCGAAUUGCCAGCAAAGAACGACCGUGGCGAGACACCUGCCAGUGAAGAUGCAGAUGAAGAAGAUAUUGAUGAGGAGGAACUUAUUAAGAAGCUACGAGAACUCGAAGAGCCAGCCCGACUUUUCGGCGAGAACCAUCGUGCUCGACUUCGACGGUAUCGCCGUUUGGUGAAGCGAUCCGCUACAUUGCAGAAGCUAUCAGAUGGCCCGAUUCCUACGAUCCUGGAACCUGUUCCUGGCGCACGGAUGAUUAUCGAAGCCAAACCUCCCAAAGAUCAGGAGGGCCGGGAAUUCCUUUUCCGACAAUUGGCAUCCUACUUCAAUAUGGUCCUGUCUGAAUGGGAGCUGGCAUUGGCCAAACGUGAUGUUACAGUACGACAGAGCUUCCAGGGAAAACAGGCAUAUAAUGCCAUGGUUCAGUCUCGAGAAAACAUGAAACCGCUGUUCCGCCGAUUCGAGAAAGGAGACCUCGAAGAUGGGCUAUUGGAACCGAUUGUGGAAAUCGUGCACAAAGCCCAGCAACGGAGAUACGUCGACGCCAAUGAUGCAUAUCUUCGAGUGAGCAUUGGAAAAGCUGCCUGGCCCAUCGGUGUGACCAUGGUUGGUAUCCACGAGCGCUCUGCUCGCGAAAAACUACACCAAAGCGAUCAGCAGGCCCAUAUCCUCAGUGAUGAGGCUACACGGAAAUACUUGCAAAGCAUCAAACGGUGUCUGAGCUUUGCACAAGUGCGCUGGCCCCCAGAGGAUCUAUUACAGAUCAUGGGCUAG